AUGUCGACAGUGGGGGGCAAUGAUUUUUUCAGGGCAUGGUUGGAGGAGCAUGCCAAAGGGGCAACUGCAGUUACGGGUACGGUGCAGGAUCCCGCGGAGGGGGCCCAAAGAAUUGAAUACACCUUGAAGAAUAAUUUGGAAGAAGCAUGGAAGAAAUUAAGGGAGUCCCUGAUGCAGCCGGGAUCAGCGGAAAUAUCUGGUCUGUGUGCACACGUGGGGAAGCUUGUGAGUAAGGGUGGAAGUGGGAAGAAUGAAUAUCUGAAGAAUUUAUGUAAAGGAAUAGCCGAAAUAAGAUAUUUCAUGAGUGGUGUGGAAACAAAGAGAGAGAAUAAUGGUAGAGGUGAGAACGAUGAUCCAUCCGAUGUUACGGAGCUUACUCCUGCUCAAGCUUAUGCACGUUGUAUUGUUGGAUCUGUCGCUCUGAACGAACUGUACGGAGAUCAUUGCCAAAUGGAGGGAAUCAUAGGAGAGAUAUCGUCUAAUAUGGACAAUGAAUUAAGGGGCCACUUGAACAAGAAUGGACAAAGACUUCAGCAUCAACUGAAUAAGUGUGAGGGAAUUGCUCCCGCACAUUUAAUGUUCGGUAAAUCCCUCCUCGCUAGUACCAUCAGGCAGUGGGCCCAUGAAGAUAGGAAAAAGGAAGACGAUUGGAAGUUAACGAAGAAGGGGCCACGGGGAGCCUGGAGGGUGGGGUACGUGUGGUACUAUUGGCCAACGGUCUGUAACGGGGGAAAGGCGCCAGGGGCAGACGGCACGGAACUGAAGGCAUUAAGGAAAGAGAAUGCAGGUACCAUGGUAGACUUCCUGAAAUUGGACAACACCAGUUCUGUCCAGAAUGGUGGUCCAGCGUCCACACUAGCAGAAGUACUCAUGAACGAUGAAAUUGAAUUAUCGGACAACAAAAUACGAGAAGUACUUAAAGAGAUGGUCGCGGACAGUGCUGCGGGUGGUAGUGUUACAUUGGACAAUACAAAAAUAACCGAAGCAGUGCAGAAGAUAGAGAAGGAAUCUAAGAAAAAAGCAGCUGAAGCAUGCAUGAAGAACGACAAGAAUUCAUUUUGCACGCGCUUGCAAUGUGCAAAAGAUCAUUGGCAAUUAACAGAUGGGAAGGGCAGCACCAACACCGGAGAUUUCUGGGAGGGUCACGUCAAGAAGAAGCUGGAAGAAUUCAUCACUAAGGGAGUGGUAGACAAUGGUAGAUCCACUACUAGCCACUGCGACAACGAGAAACUGAAUAAUGCAAACAAACAGGCUUGUGGACACAUUACAACACUGUUGCAGGAAAUGUACAAAAAUCAAAAUCAAAGUGGUGACCCUAAGCAGUAUUCUAAUCAAAUUAUAAAAUGUCUUCUGUUAAAAGAAUAUGCUAACAAAUUAAAAAAGCAAGCAAAACAAAAAGGGUAUUGUAGCAUAGAUGAAGGGAUAAAUCACGCUUUCACGCAAAGUAAAACCAUUAUUGGGAAUGCGUCAACUCAAUGCCCAGUUGUUAAUGGUCCUAAUUCUUGUUUUGAAUGUAGUUGGAACGAUAAAGACGACUAUGAAGAUUGCCCAAUUGACAAUAGCCAAAGCGCCAAUGGGAAAGUAAAGGACAAAGUGGAUGAAUUGUUCAAGAAGAACGACCAAACUGUUGACACCAAAAUACAGAAAACCGUGACUGAUAUGCAUAAUAAAAGUACCCCCUGUGAACGUAUACAAUGUGCAGCGCAUUGGUGGGGAGAGAAGAACAAGAAUAACGGAACUGUCGAAUGGAAUAAAAUGUGGGAGGAAGUGGUCAAAGGGGAUGUCACCUCACUUGGCAAAUCCAUGUCUGACAAUAAAAACAGCAGUGCAGACGACAGUCUCACCAAACACUGCAUUAAAUUGGACAACAAGAACAGAGAAAUAUGUUUCCUCUUUACAAGGGGACUAGACCACAUGUACAAAAAUGUAACUGGUAACGACGAUGCUAUGAAGUUGUUUAAACGAACCAUGAUGUGCGCAGCACUAAAUGCAUACGCCAAGAAAAUUAAGGCUGAUGCAACAGCAAAGAAGAAUAACGGGACAGGGAGCUGUGACAUAGAUAAUGGCAUAGAACAGGCCUUCAAACAAAUUAAAACAAUUAUGAGUGGUGAAUCAUCUCAAUGCAAAGAUCCUAAGGGUGCUGAUUGUUUUGAGUGUACACAGGACCAAGACUUUGACAAAUGCGAAAUUAACACAAAUGGCCAGGGCACCACCGGUGAAAAUGUAAAUAGCAGAUUGAAGACAAUGUUUGAGGACAAAGAAGAUAAGACAGGACUGAAGGAAUCUUUGGACAAAAUAUGUUUAGAGUGUCUGGAUAAGAAGGAAUUAUGUCAACGUGCACAAUGUGUAGCUGAUAGAUGGGUGAAACAGACUAACGGCGUGAACGGUCAGGCACGUAAUUGGACUGAAAUGUGGAAUGAAGUCCAAACUCAAGUCACCUCACUUGGGACUAACAUAUCCAAUAACAAGGACAAGGUGGAAACCCACUGUACUGACCUUCACAGUGAAGAAGAGAAGACAGUAUGCAAGUUCAUUGCUUCAGGAUUAAAAGGUAUUUAUGAAAUUAAGGCAGGUCAAGGUGGAAAUGCGGUAAAGAUCACAAAGAAGGAUUUAGAGGAUCAAUUAUUUAAACGUACCAUGCAAUGUGUUUUAUUAAAUGCUUUUGCUGAUAAAUUAGAAGCACUUCCAUGUAGUAAAGAGAAAAAAAUAGAAGAGGCUGUAACCAAGGCAUUUAAUGAUGAAAAUGAUACUAUUAAGAAUGCAAGUGACCGUUGCACGAAAGAUGGUGAUAAAUGCUUUAAGUGUAUUAGGUUUAACGGUCUCACCAAUUGCGAAAUUGGCGAGAACGGUAACAAGGAAAAAGUAAAAGGAAAAGUAGAACCCAUGCUAGAAGGAGAUAAUACACUCAAGAAAGAAUCUCUGGAGAAGAAAAUAUGUAAACCAUGUACACAGGAUAACUUCUGUGCAGGUCUACAAUGUGUAGCAAAGAAAUGGGGAGAAAGGAAUAACAAGUCCUCAAACGGAAAGGUUACUUGGGAAAACAUGAAGGGUGACUUUGAAAAGGAGUUAAAAGCAGUCCUACAUGCCAUGACGACAAAUCAGACCGCCUUCGCGGACCAUUGCAAGAACAACAACUGGAAGGAUGGCGACGCCGCAGGCGAAGCCAAUAAAACCGCCUGCAAGCUUGUUGCAGCAGGGCUGGAACAUAUAUCUAAAAUUCAGCAUGAAUAUAGCACUAAGACGGGGCAACCUGAUAAAAAUGAAAACCCCUAUGAUAACCAAGAGUUUAAACAAUUAGUUUCUUGUUUAAUGUUGAAGGCAGUUGCACAAAAAAUGAAAGAAGACAGCAAAAUUUGCGACAUAGACCAAGGGAUUAGGGCCGCCUUUGGAAAGGCAGACGCCAUUAAGGGGAAACAUUGCCAGAAUGGUAAACCUUGUACUGUUUGUAAUUGGGCGGAAAAAUAUGAUGAUUGCUACUUGGACACUGCAAAGGAGGACCAAGUGAAGCCAAAAUUGGAAGCAUUGCUCGACGAGAAGAAGACCGAAGUCGAGGGUGCCCUCAUGGACAUAACUAAAACAGCAGGAAACAAUAGUUCUACUUUAUGUCUCCGUUUACAAUGUCUAGCUCCUCGAGUUCAGGCAUCCAGCUCUGCGAAUACAUUUUGGACGAAGGAAGGCGAAGUAGGACAACUAUGGAACGUACUAUCCACAGCAAUGAAGGCAAAUAAGAACAACGAAGCACAAUGUAAUACCAUGGAUAAUGACAACAGAGAGGCAACCAACCCUGAAAAGAAGGCAUGCAAUUAUUUGCAUGCCGCCUUAAAGAAACUGUAUGAGACGACGACGCCGGCGACGCCGUCGGCGUCGUCGUCAGGAACCAUAAGCCUGAAUGACAACCCACCGUUGAAACAAACAGUGGGUUGCUUAUUACUUCACGCUUAUGCAAAGAAAAUGAAAGGCGCCACGUGUUUAGUGGAUUCAGGAAUAAAGAAAGCUUUCGACACUGCUGUUAAAAAUCUUAUUGGUAAUUGCAAUGGUGGCACGGAAUCUUGUGUCCCUUGCCUUUGGAAUGAAGGCAACUAUGACAACUGCGAAAUUACCAAAAAUGGCACCACCGAAGAUCAGACGCCAGUAAAGGACAAAUUAGAACAAGUUCAGAACAAAAUUACCGAAACCUCCAAUACCACCCUAAAGGACAUAAAUGAAAUGUCCACUUUAUGCGACUUCAUUAAAUGCGCCGGACCGAAAUGGUUCAAAAACAAGGCGAAACCGAACGGUAAUAGUGUUACUGCAACCAAGAAUUGGUGUGAAUUUUGGAAUGAAGGUGUCAAACACGAACUGACGAACUUGUUCACAGCAAUUCAGAGGGAUGGAAAGGACAAAUCAAAUAUAAUCACUACUGCCGCAACAUGUAAAAACUUUGGGGAUGGUAAUGAACAUAGUGUUGAAAGAAAAGCAUGUAAUCAUAUCAUAGCAGGUUUAGACUACAUUAACAAAAUUCCAAAUGGAAGUGUUGGAGGUGGUGGUGCCCCAUCUAAUGGUAAAGACAAGCAACUGCUCGAUAGAGCAGUUGCUUGCAUUGCUCUUAAUAUGUACGCAGAUAAAAUAAUUGCAUUGUCGGAGAAAAAUUGUCCCAUUCAUGAGGAAAGAAUAAAAAAAAUGUUUGAAGAUUGGAAUAAAAUUAAUAAUAAUUCGUGUAAGAGUGGGGAUAAUAAUUGUUUUGUUUGUGAAAGGAAAGCUGAUUUUAAUGAUUGCGAACUAAGUGUUUCCAGCUCUUUAAUUAGUUCAACAUCAACACCAUCAAAUGGAGAUUGCAGUACUACUGCACCUGAGGCAGUUAAAGUCCAACCUCAAAUGAACAAACUCCUCAACGAAAAAAAAUCCAUCCCCCAAGUGAAUAAAACAUUAUCCACCAUAAAUGAAAUGAACACUUUCUGUAGUAAAAUGCAAUGUGCAGCAAAACAAUACUACGCAAAAGUCAAAAGCAAGCCUCCUGGAAAAAGCACCAAUGUGUCUUGGAGUGAAAUAAAUGGUGCUGUUAAUGAUGAAUUAAAGGAACUUCUACAAAAUAUUACGGAUGAUGAGAAAUGGAAAAACUUUGACCAAUACUGCAAGGACGACAUCAAAAGUAAUGGCGACACACCAGGAGAAAUAACUGCAAAGCAAAAAGCUUGUAAGCUUUUUGCUUCAGGUUUAAAACACAUUUCUGAAAUUAAUAACAAAAACAACCAAGACGAUGCUGUACCACUUAAACAAACUAUGAUGUGCGCAGCACUUAAUCUUUAUGCUGAUCAAUUAAUAGAAAAAGCAGAAAAUCAAUGUCCCUUAGAUAAUAAAAAAUUAGAAGAGGCAAUAAAACACGCUUUUGGUAAAAGUAGUGACAUUAUGGGGAAGGGAACAUCUUCAUGUUCAACUGCUAAUGGUUCCAAUUCUUGUUUUAUUUGCAACAGAGAAAAAAAUUUUGCCGAUUGCCAAAUUGGCACUGGCAUUGCCAGUGCCAAGGUAAAAGAAAAAAUGGAAGUUCUUCUCAAAGACAACGACGGAAAGAACACCACCCCUAACAUGACCAAAACACUAGACAAAAUAAAUGAAAUAGAAACUUUCUGUACUCAAGUCCAAUGUGCUAUCAAACAAGAACUUAGAAGGCAAAAUAAACUGAAAAAUGGAACAGAACCAUCUUGGAGCAAAAUCGAAGGUGACGCCAAGGAUGUAUUAACUAAACUUAUAGAACAAAUGACGAAGGGUCAGACUGAACCUGAUCUUUUAACAUACUGCAAUGACGAAAAUAAAUGGAGUAAAUUUGGCCAUAAAGGAAAACAUACAAACAAAGCAGCUUGUUUGCUUUUUGCUGCAGGACUUCAGCACAUUUAUACCCAUGAUAAUGGACGUAUUAACGGCCGUGUUAACGGCCGUGUUAACGGCCCAUCGUUUGGACAAACGAUGGGUUGUUUAUUUCUUAAGGAAUAUGCAAAACAAUUGCAAAAAGUGGCAAAUGAGAAGAAAAGGGGAAAUAGUUGGGUACAUCCUCUUUGUAGCAUAAAGGAGGGCAUAACACAUGCUUCUAGCAGAAGUGAGGACAUUAUGAAUGCACCAUCUAAAUGCAACAAUAAUGUUCCUAAUUCUUGCUUUGUGUGCAAAUUGGACGAUUAUGACAAGCUUAAAGAUUGCUCCAUUGGCAAUGACAAAGUAAAGCCCAAAGUUGAAGCAGUGUUCACAGAAGAUUCCACGAAACAAAACCAAAUGCAACAAACCUUAGAGAAUACAGUCUGUCCCAUCCUUCUUACGGAUCUCCUUACCCCUUUUCUUCCUUUGGCUCCUGUCUCCAUUGGCCUUUCUGCUAUGGCUUAUUACCUUUGGAAGUAUUUUGGUCCUCUUGGUAAAGGAGGACCACGUUUUAGAAGAUCUCCUGCUGAAAUUCCCGGUCCAUCCGUACAGGAACAAGUCCUCGAUCAUGUGCAGCAAGAUAGUUCACAUGAAUAUCAAUUGGUGAAGGAACGAAAACCUCGUUCUGCUCCAACAAGAACGAAACGUUCUGGUGGUGUGAAUCGUCGAACGAUUAUUGAAAUUCAUUUUGAAGUGCUGGAUGAAUGUCAAAAAGGGGACACACAAUUGAACCAGAAGGAUUUUCUGGAACUUUUGGUUCAAGAGUUCAUGGGAUCCGAAUUAAUGGUAGAAGAACAGGUUCCUAAGGAAGAAGUUCUUAUGGAAGGGGUUCCUAUGGAAGAGGUUCCAAGUUUAGGUUCCGGGUUACUGGUUUAA